AUGGCGCUUCAGAUAGUCUGGACGGGGUAUAUAAUUGACUGUGUUAUCUUUGGUCUAAAUGGUGGCUUCCGCCAUCUCGUCCACCUCUCCGCGUCGCAGGCGACCUAUGUUAUUAGAAUGAAUUACAUCGCACAGGCACUAGCCAUUGUUUCGAACGGGCUUGGAAAGCUUGCAGUUGGAUUGACGAUACUUCGUAUUCUAGGAACAACCAGCGAAGUCUGGCGAAAACGGAUCGUCUGGUUCAUGAUGAUAACAACGAUAAUAUUCGGCAUCCUCGCCACCUUCUUCACGUUCUUCCAGUGCAAGAACCCAAAGGCACUCUGGGAAACCCAACUUAGAGCCACUACACAGUGUUGGGAUCCGAGGGUGCAAACGCGCUUCAACAUCUUCGUUGCGACUUACAACGGUUUCACUGACGUACUCUUUGCCCUUCUUCCCUGUACCUUCAUCUGGUAUCUCCAGAUGGAUACCAAAAAAAAGGUCGCCCUGACGGUCGCCCUUGGCCUGAGUACCUUUGCCGGAAUCUCUGCCUUUAUUAAAGUCAGCCAUAUGGCCUCUCUAACAGAGCGUUCAGACCUUACCUGGGAGACCUACUACCUGUGUGUGUGGGCCGGAGUCGAGAUCUUCCUCACAAUUGUGUGCGGUUCUAUCCCGGCCAUGAAGCCGCUGUGGGGCAAAUACGUCCGACAGAAGGCACUGCCCGCAAAAGGGACGGGCUCAAGCUCGUACAGCAAUCGGUACGCAUCUCGCAGUGGGUACCAGAAGUCCACUGAGCAGGGCACCAAGUCGAUCACUGUCCACCACGAUUUCGAGAUGGAAGAUGAGUCUCGUACCAGCUCGAAGUUUAACACCAGUGUAGGCUCGGGAAACAAUGGCAGUGGCGGAUCACCGGAAGCGUGGGAUAAUCACUCGCGUCGUGGGCUGGUGGAAGUGCUUUGA